AUGGUUAGUCUAACUUUAUAUCUAACUAAACUUCUAAUCAAAAGAGCAAUAUUAGAUGAUACCGAUGAUUCACCCGAUCUAUCUACUCCAGAUGAUGAUCACUUAGAUGAUUCAAAUCCAGUUGAAAAUGAAAUAUUUUCAAGUUGGGCAUUAUUUAUUUUAUUAUUUUUAUUAAUGAGUGCCUUAUGGUCAUCAUAUUUCCUUCAACAAAGAAGAAUUAAAGCAAUCCAUGAAACUGUAUUAUCUAUAUUUUGUGGCAUGAUUGUCGGAUUAAUUAUUAGAUUAAGUCCCGGUCAUUAUAUUCAAGAUGCUGUUAAAUUUAAUCCUGGUUAUUUUUUUAAUAUCUUAUUACCUCCAAUUAUAUUAAAUAGUGGUUAUGAAUUACAUCAAGCUAAUUUUUUUAGAAAUAUUGGAUCAAUUUUAACAUUUGCCAUACCUGGAACUUUUAUGAGUGCACUAGUAGUUGGAAUUAUAUUAUAUAUAUGGACUUCAAUUGGUUUUGAUAAUGUUAAAUUAGAAUUUGUUGAUGCUUUAGCUGUUGGUGCUACUUUAUCAGCAACUGAUCCAGUUACAAUAUUAUCAAUAUUUAAUGCUUAUAAAGUUGAUCCAAAAUUAUAUACUAUUAUAUUUGGAGAAAGUUUAUUAAAUGAUGCUAUUUCAAUAGUUAUGUUUGAAACUUGUCAAAAAUUUCAUGGUCAUGCUGUUCAUUUUUCAAGUUUAUUUGAAGGUAUCGGGUUAUUUUUAAUGACGUUUACAAUUUCAACAAUUAUAGGAAUUUUAAUUGGAAUAUUAGUUGCUUUAAUUUUAAAACAUUCACAUAUUAGAAGAUAUCCACAAAUUGAAACAUGUUUAGUUUUAUUAUUUGCUUAUGAAUCUUAUUUUUUUUCAAAUGGUGCUCAUAUGAGUGGUAUUGUAAGUUUAUUAUUUUGUGGUAUAACUUUAAAACAUUAUGCUUAUUAUAAUAUGUCAAGAAGAACUCAAAUUGCAACAAAAUAUAUUUUUCAAUUAUUAGCUCAAUUGAGUGAAAAUUUUAUAUUUAUUUAUCUUGGAUUAUCUUUAUUCACUGAAGUAGAAUUAGUUUUCAAACCAUUAUUGAUUAUAGUUGCAUUUAUUUCAAUUUGUGUAGCUAGAUGGUCUGCAGUAUUUCCAUUAUCAAGAUUUUUAAACUUUUUAUAUAGAGCUAGAUUUGAAAGAUUUUCAUCACAAACUACAAUCAAUAAUUCAAAUUCAAAUUUAUUACCUGAUGAAAUUUCUCAUAGUUAUCAAAUGAUGAUAUUUUGGGCUGGUUUAAGAGGUGCUGUUGGUGUUGCUUUAGCUAUGGGUUUUGGAGGUGAAGCUAAAUGGACUUUAUUAGCUACUGUUUUAGUGGUGGUUGUUUUAACAGUUAUUUUAUUUGGUGGUACUACUGCAAGUAUGUUGGAAAUUUUAGGAAUUAAAAUUGGUUGUAUUGAUGAUUCAAUUGAUUCUGAUGAUGAAUUCGAUAUUGAAAUUCCAAGAUUACCUUUACAUAAUAACUUAGGAUCAAGAAGGUUUAUGAUGAGAUCAACAACACCAAAAUUCAAAGAUUCAAUAUCUAAAAAUAGUUCAGUUAAUAAUUUAUUGCUUAAUGAAGAUGAAAUAGAAAAUGAUAAUAAUGAUGAAUUAAUAAGUGAUGAAGAUGUAUUAAGUUCAACUACAAAUAAUAAUAAUAAUAAUAAUAAUACUAAUAAUAAUAAUAAUAUUAAUAAUAAUGUAAAUAGUAAUAAUCAACAAGGUGUACUUGGGGCAUUUCUAAGUGCUGAAGAACAUGCUAAAUGGUUUACAAGAUUUGAUGAUGAAGUUUUAAAACCGGUAUUAUUAGAUAAUAUACCAAAUAGUGAAGAAAGAAGAGAUUAG